AUGCUCUUAAGAGGUCAGGUUUCUGAAGAUCGAUUAGCAUUUGACCCGGAGAUAGAAAAGACAGCUAGGAGGAACAGAGGCAAAAACAAAAAGAAGCAAGGAAAGACAAGGGAAGAAUCUUCCAGUACUUCCAUCACACCUCAAUCAGAAAACAUGGAGAAUCAAAGACCAGCUCCAGCCAGGAAGACACUUGGAGACUAUGCUAUGCAACAAGGGCCGAUAUAUUUUUCUAGCAUAGCAAUAUCAUCCACCACCAAAACUUUGGAGAUGAAGCCAGCCUUCCUCAGCUUGAUCAGUUCUCAUCAAUUCACUGGAAUGGAUAAUGAAGAUCCAUAUACUCACCUCUCUACAUUCUAUGAAUUGAUAGGAACCAUGGGCUUUCAAGAAGGAGAUCUUGAGCAUGUAUACAUGCGUUUGUUUCCUUUUUCUUUGGCAGGUAAAGCAAAGGAAUGGCUUAAGUCACAUCCAAAUCAAAGUUUGAAUAGCUGGAAGGAUGUUGAGGAGAAAUUCUUGAACAGAUUCUUUCCACCAUCUCACUACAUCAAAGCCAAAGCUAAUAUUUCGACGUUUAGGCAAGGACCAGAUGAGCCAUUCUGUGAAGCUUGGGAGCGGUUCAAUUCUUUAUUGAGGAAAUGCCCAAAUCACGGAUUUGAAGAUAUUGCUCAGCUGAAUAUAUUCUGUAAUGGUCUGAGGCCUGACACCAAGAUGAUAUUAGAUGCAGCAGUAGGUGGAACAAUGAUGAGUGUAGAAGCGGAGCAAGCAACAAGAAUCAUUGAGGCAUUAGCAUCCACGGAUCAUCAAGCUCAGCAUGAUAGGCAAAUUGUUCAGAGGAAGGGAGUGCUUGAUCUUAGUACUACAGAUGCGAUCUUAGCUCAGAAUAAAAUUCUGACUCAACAGAUUGAAGCACUGACUAAGCAUAUGUCUAAAUUACCAGAGCAGUUGCAAGUUGUGCAAUCUUCUCCAAGUCAACAACCCAUGAGAUGUGACUUUUGUGGAGGAGAUCAUCCAAAUGGUCAUUGUUCUUAUCAGAGUAGCUCACAAGGAGAAGUUCAAUAUGUGAGCAACCAAGAAAGACCAGGAAAUUUCUCCAACAAUAACAACUUUUCACAGGGGUGGAGAAACAAUCCAAAUCAGAAUUUUGGAUGGAAGCAAGAUGUUGGUCCUUCAAACAGACAACCUCCUUAUCAACAACAACAACAACAUUAUCCUUCGGUGCAUGACAGAACAUCUAAACUGGAGGAUACUUUAGAAAAAUUUAUGCAAGCUUCUUUGACUAAUCAGAAAAAUAUAGAAGCUUCAAUCAGAAAUCUCGAAACACAAGUUGGACAGUUGGCGAAACAAUUAUCAGAUCAGCAGAAAAGUCAAUUUUCAGCCAACACACAGACUAAUCCCAAGGAGCAUUGUAAAUCUAUUACCACCCAAAGUGGUAAAGUUGUGGAAGAGGGAUUGGAGACAACCUGGGUGUAG